GGCUCGGACAACCAAUCGCGACUACGCAGUUACCGCUUACCGCGUCGACGAUUUUGCCGCGCAAACGUUACGACCACUUCUCGUAAUAUUCUUAAUUGAAUGUUGUUUGGCGUUUUAAUCUUUUAAGUUAGUUCCUGUGUUUAGUUGUUCUAAUAGUUUGUUUCAUUUAAGUAACCAACAACUAAAUCUCGAAAUAUUCUAGAAUUAUAGAAAAUUCAUGAUAAAUCUGUAAAAAAUGAUCGAAUCUGACCAAAGUGAUAAAGACAGUCUUAAUGAUUCUUUGGAUAUGAAUGAGCAUACAAAAAAGAGACCACGCGAAGAAAGUGUAGAGGAUGAUAAAGCACAUUCGUCUCCCAAAAAGUUAUGUACUUCCAAUGAUAAAAUCACACUCGAAGAAAACAAAUCUGAAUAUAAAUCAGAAAUAAAUGGCAGCGUUGCAAAUAAUGAAGAAGAUGCAAAAGAUAAAAGCAUUUCUGUAGGAAGUAUAAAAGAUACAAAUAUUUUUGUCAAUAGAGAAGAUACAAAAGACACAAAUAUUUCUAGCAAUGAAGAUGUAAGAUGUGCAGACGCAAAAGAAAAAGAUAUAAAUAGAGAUUCGCACAAAAAUCUUGACACAAAAUCUGAAAAUGAAAAAGAAAUCUAUACUAUCGAUAACGUAAGAGAAACCGAUACUAAGAACUCAACUGAUAGCAAAUACAAGGAUAAUAUUCCUGUAGAAUCUGAGACAGAUGACAACAACACAAAGGAAGUAAAUACAAAAAAUGAAGAAGCCAAGGAAGAUGAAAACAAUACUAAGCCAAAAAAGAAACGUGAUAAAUCACAAAUAGACGAUGCAGAAGUGGUAGAAGGAUUAGAACUUUCAGUGGAAUGUGCGAGCGAUAGAGAAUCAUCAAGUUCUGAAUCUGAACAUGAAAUGGAAAAAAAACCCAAAGCAAAGACAAUAAUUGUUAAGGCCAAGCCUAACGAUUCGGAGCUCGACGUUAGUUCUUCCGAGGCAGAAAAAUCAGAUUCGCAAGACACUUCUGAAGUGAAAUCCAAACAAAAUAUAAAGAAAGGCAAAAGGAAGGCUCGAACUUCUUUAAGUAAAUCAACAGACGGUAAUUCUGAAGAAAACGAUGACGUUUCCGAUGAAGAUUACAGUCCUCGAACUAAAAGGAAACUUAAAAAAACGCAUGCAAACAAAAGGAAGUCAUCGUCUGAAUCAAAAGGAAGUCAUGAUAGAGUUAAAAAAAUGGAUCAGCAAGUAGAUGAAAAAGUGGAGGAAGAAGAAGAGAAUUCUGAUACAAUAGAUGAUCAGAAAACAGAGCAAGUUUCGAGCAUGAAAAAGCUGAAAUCAAGCGAUAGAAGAAUAGAAAUGCUGAAAAAGUACAUUAGAACCGCAGGAAUACGUGUUAAAUCUUACAACACUGUGUGGGCUGGAUGUAAGUCAGGUGCUGCUAAGGUAAGGUGUCUCCAGGAAUUACUAGAAAAAAAUGGAGUCACCGGUAAGCCAACGCUAGAAAAGUGCAAAAAGGUUAAAGAAUUGAAUGAGAAACUCAAAGAUAUUGCUGAGUUGAAUACAAGCAACAUUAUAUCAGAAGGACGUAUUACACGUGCUCAACGGAAGAGAGAAACUCCCACGGAACAUCGUGAAGUACGCAGUACUUUGAAGAGAGUUUUAAGAGUUGUUGAUAGCGACUCGGAAUAAAGUAUAACAAAACUUUAGAAUAAACACUCGGGAAAAAUGUUUCUAUAAGAUGUAUAUGCAUUGAUUAUUCAUUUAUCUGAACACGGUAAAUAUACUUCUCUAUAAUUGGUUAUGAUGUGGAUAAAAAUGAAAUUACAAUAUAAAACUGAACGUAUAAAUAUAA